UCAGAGGCUGUCGGACGCCGGGUAGCUUGUCAAAUGAGAUCCUUGCAAUUGUUAAGUAAUUCCUCUCACACCGGUCAUCCUUUAACACAGACGGCGAGGCUCGACGGACUAAAACAGCGGCAGACAUGUCGUACUGCAGGCAGGAGGGCAAAGAUCGCAUCAUCUUUGUGACCAAGGAGGACCAUGAGGCACCCAGCAACGCUGAGCUCAUCGCAGAUGACCCCAAUGAUCCUUAUGAGGAACAGGGUCUGAUCCUGCCAAAUGGUGACAUCAACUGGAACUGCCCCUGCCUGGGCGGCAUGGCCAGCGGACCGUGUGGCUCUCAGUUCAAGGAGGCCUUUUCCUGCUUCCACUACAGCAAGGAAGAGGUGAAAGGCUCAGAGUGUAUUGACAACUUCCGCAACAUGCAGGAGUGCAUGCAGAGGUACCCUGAGCUCUAUCCUCAGGAAGAAGAUAAAGAAAGCUCCUCCCAAGCAGAAUCCAACUCUGCCUCCGCUGCCCCGACUGAGGGCUCUGCCUUACCUCCUGAAACUGACUCAACCCCAGCCGCUUCAACAUCCGAAGCUGUCUCAUCUGACAGCACGUCGCCUACAGACAACCAGACUGCCAGCUAAGGUCCAUCAGUUGUCAUUCAGGCCUCUCUGUGUGCGAGCACUGCCCGGCAUCACUGACUCUCUGUGAGGAGCUGUGAUCAGUCGCUCUUCCUGUUUCAGCCUGCAGAGAGGGCUUACUGACACAGCUCUGACUGCCCGUGGGUGAUAUUUACAGGCUCCAGGGAAGGACUUUGUGAAUGCUGAGAAACAUAGCGUAUGUGCAGAAUGAUAGGCUGCUUUGUUUGGUGAGCACUCAGAAAUCAUUAAAUAAUAUGAUUUAAUAACAGCGGGCCAAGCCGUUUGCUGCAGGGACAUUAGUUGAAAGACUCACUUUAUAUGCAAUAAUUUAAUUUGCUGCGUGUUUUCAAUCACAAGAGCUUCGUUAUGUGUGUUGUCCUGUUAAUGCCGGCGGGUCAGGAGUAUCACUUAACACUGAUUUAUCUCUAAUUUUUCAAUCAGACAGAAAUUCAAGCAGUAAUCACUCAAUUUAUUGAUGGGAGCGUUGUUCUGCUUUUCUUGUUCAGUUUUGACAUCAAUUUAACAGUUUAAUCCCUUUUGCGUUCCAUCACUUGAGAGACCAAAACACAUGGAAUUGGUAAGAAAACAAGGCUAGUGUUUCGAGGGCUGGGUAUCAGUAUGCGACACCUUCAAGGAACUGACCAAAAUAACCCCGUACCAAGUAUUGUCAAGACUUCUCCAUUUCUGAUUCUGAUUCUGAAACAGUACCUGCAUUUGAUCCGUCUUGUACCCAGAUCUAGAAAAAGUUGACUAUACGAUUUUGCUCGCUGCCAAUCACUACAAGCAUCCUUCAGUUUAAUGUAAAGUGUGAUUGGCCGACUACCACAGAAGCUACAACCUGUACAGUCUGUGGUGUGGUGAAGCCGAACGCGGUGUAUUUGUAGGUCAAAUGAAGUCGGGGAAAAAAAAGGUAUCAAAGUACUCUUUCUGUAUUACUUUAAGGGUACUGAUAUUGCAAUUUUUUAAAAAUAAUACCCAGUCCUAACGGUUUCAACUAAUAUUAAGAGAUGCUCUUAGCUGUUUGUUGACAUCUUGUAGUAACUUUAGGGUCUCCAUCUCCAUCUGUUGCCGUAUGAACAAUAAUUUUCAUAUUUCAUUGAUGCUGUAUCCGGCCUAGACCAAAGUGGUGUGUCACAUUUAACUGUCACUGCAUAAACAUUUUUGUCGUUUAAACACUGUCUGGAGUCUCCAGUUGGAUGCUGUGGUCACCAUGAAGUGACAUUUAGGCCUUAAAAAAACUUGAUGUUUUUUUCUCAGAUGUGUCCAGAUUAAAAUUGUCCAACAAUU